AUACGAGUAACAGCGUCCCGGCGAUUUAAUUAAUACCUAUUUAGGCAGCCGACUUCGCCCCCUCUUCCUCUCCCUCUUCUCCUUCUUCUUCUUCUUUUCCUUUAUAACAUCCUCCGUUGCUCUAAUUCUCAACACCUCCUCCUCGUUUCGCUUGCUUCCCCGGCUACAGGAUUCUCUUCUCUUCGCCCCCUGUCGCUAUACUAGAACGAACCGCCCACCAUGGUUUCGCUGAGCGGUAGCGUCUUCUCCGAAACGCUCCAGGAGAUCACCAACACCAAGCUUGAGGAAUUGUCAAAACGACGGUCCGACUUCGAGACGACGAGGUCCGAAGUCCUUGCGAAGCUACAAAAUGAAAGCCAGCCCAUCCAGCGUCUUCAUAUCCUCAACCAGGGGGUCCGCACCUGCUACGGCCUGCGGUUGGGUGGCGUUACAAAACCGGCGUCUUCUGAGCUGGAAAUUGAACUGAAGAAUCUGGACAACUUCCUGAUCCAGGCUAAAUGCGACCCCUCCUUGUCGGCCAAGAUAACCCGUGCCUGGGAAGAAUCGCUGUUGCGCCACCUCGACAUGCAAUCUUUAAAAUACCAGUAUGCGUCUCUCUAUGCUCAACUCGUCACCGAGUGGCUAUCCACCGAAAAGUCGACGGGAGGCGACGAGGUUGACGUCGCCACAUCCGAAGGGUUCGAGGAUGUUGCCGACUCUCUGAAGCGAGACUUUCGAAGUGAAUGGGAGAGCUCAGUGUUUGAGCCCGCCCCAGUCGAUGAGGAGAGGCUUCGGGAGUAUCUCGGCCGUCUAUUUAGCAUCGAGGAUGAGGAGAUAUCAAGCAGCCCCAAGGCUCUUAAAACCCUAAGGGAAAGCGUCGCCAUAUUUGAGCACAACAUGGCGUCUCCGAACCAGUUCGACACAACGACCUUGCAAUGGGUCAUUGAUGGCCUACUGACGUCGGACCUUCUCCCAGACGAGAAGCGUGAGGUACUAAAGGAUUUUAAGAAAGACGACAUCAUCCUAUCCGAAAUUGUCGAUGUUUUGAACAUGAGAAUAUCGUCGUUCACCUCGUGGUCGUGGGGACCACACGUACCCCUGGAGCAACGACGGAAAAUCAGCGGCGUGUACGACAUCUUCAUGGUUGAAGACCUUCUCCAAGCUAUUUUCCUACAAUACAUCGGCGUGAAGUGGUCCGUAUUCUUGAAAGGGGCCUUCAAGGGGUUCCAGCAGACGUCCGGCGCCUGGAAGUCCUGCUCCAAGCCGAUACCCAGGGUCGACGUAAUGCGAAGAGCCUACUAUCUGGGCCCGGAGAACCGAAGACGCUGGGUUCAAGAUCUGAGAGCCACCGUCUAUCGCAAAUACUACUUCGUAGCCGGUUUGCUAGAUCAUCACUCACAGCGAAGCGAGACCGUAGACGGUGAGGCGCAGGCGGAAUACCAAACACACGUCGCACCUAUGUCGGCCCCUGCCCCUGCCUUUGGGAUGCCGGCGGGUUCAUCCCACGCAGGCCAAUUUAGACAAGCGGUUACGGCUUCAUCCCACGCGGGCCUAUUUGGAAAACAGAACUCGGUUUUGUACAACGAGCAAUUCGUCGGUGAUGCAAAUAUAAACGACUACCACAUUGAUGAUGACGAGGACGGAUCCGAUACUAAACAGCCGAUGCAGUCACACCAACGGUUAUUGCGCCUCUUAUCAACCGAGAUUGCUAUUAACACCAAGCUGUACGGAGAGAUUACCGCAUUUCACUCCGUCUUUGAGGACUGGAACACCCUCCUCCCGCACCAGACCAUACUGACCGUCUUAUCCUUCCUUGGUGUCUCGAAAACGUGGCUCGCCUUUUUCAAAAAGUUCCUCGGAGCGCCUCUGAAGUUCCUCGAGGACGACCCUUCGGUUGCUACGCGGAACCGACGUCGUGGCACACCCACCUCCCACGUCCUCAGCGACGUCUUUCGAGAGUCGAUUCUGUUCUGCCUCGAUUUCGCCGUCAACAAGUCCACCGAUGGAGCGUUACUCUUCCGCAUGCAUGACGACUUUUGGUUCUGGUCUCGGGACCACUCCGUCGCCGUAACGGCGUGGAAGUCGGUGACUGAAUUCGCCGGCGUUACUGGUACUCGCAUUAACAAUUUGAAAUCGGGCACAGUACGAAUCCCGACAGACACAAGCGCUGUGGUAGAGAUCGAUAAGUCGCUUCCGAGAGGCGACAUCCGCUGGGGUCUCCUCAGCCUCUCGGCAAAGUCUGGGAAGUUUGAGAUUGAUCAGACCCUGGUGGACAAGUACAUCGUGGACCUGCGCAAACAACUCGGAGACAAGCGAGGUAGCAUCAUAUCCUUCAUCCAGGCGUGGAAUACCUACGUCGCCACCUUUUUCCAAACCAACUUUGGGAAGCCGGCAAAUUGCUUCGGGUUAGAUCACGUCGCGCAGAUUCUCGCGACACACGAGCGCAUCCAGCGCGAAGUCUUCUCGGCCUCGUCGUCCCUAACCUCGGGCAGCUCUGGCGCGACCGACAUCGUCCAGUACCUGCAGGGGCUCAUACGAGAGCGCUUCGGCAUCUCGGACAUCCCGGACGCGUACUUCUUCUUCCCGAUGGAGCUCGGGGGGCUUGACCUGAAGAGCCCGUUCAUCUCGACCCUGCAGGUGCACAACACGGUGCUGCGGAACCCAGCGGGGGCGCUCGAUAAGUUCCUCGAGGCCGAGCGCGACGCGUACGACGCGCUCAAGGCCAAGUUCGAGAAGGGCGGCCACCUCGCGCGCAGCACCAAGCAGAACUGGGACGCGGACCUGCGCAUCGACCCGGACACCUUCAUGAGCUUUGACGAGUACGCGCGCUACCGCGAGGACAUAGGCUACGCGUUCAGCGGCAACCUGCUCGACGUGUACCUCGACCUGACGAAGGUGCCGCGGGAGGAGGACACGCUGACGCCGAGCGCGGCGCUCAUGAACGGGAUCCGCGCGCUCGCGAGCCGGAACGCGAAGAAGGGCAUCCACGCGGACUGGAGCGGCAUGGAGCCGUACUGGAAGUGGAUCGCCCAGCUGUACGGGCCGGAGGUGAUUGACCGCUUCGGCGGCUUAAGCAUCGUCGAGCCGGGGCUGCUGCCGACGGGGAUGGUGAGCAUAUUUCGGGAGAAGCGGGUCAAGUGGCAGGGCUAGAGGAUGGUGCGGAGAUACCAUCGAUAUGCUGUCUACUUAUAAAGGGGAUCUCAUAAAGGGGAUAUUAUCUAUCGAGAUUACAGUGCUGCCGUGCUCGCCCACAUCGAUCCGUGUAGCGAGCACGGGAAAGGCCGGCCUUAUUAUGUAUGGUAUCAAGUAGUUCUACGAGAUUUUGAACUCGAUCCAAGACGUCCUACAAACACGUGAAUAGACCCCGUCUAGCGGG